AUGGGACCGGCUCUGUCAGUUUCUUCUGGACACUACUAUACCUGCGCCGUGAAAACGGAUGGUGAGCUGGUUUGUUUUGGAAACCGAUACCAGGGCAGCAGCGAUGUGCCCAUUGACCUGGGAAUGGUUCAGGCAGUCUCUUCAGGCGUCUCGCACACGUGUGCAGUGAGGGUAGAUGGUCAGCUGGUUUGUUUUGGAAGCAAUGAAGACGGUCAAAGUGCCGUGCCACCAGAUUUGGGGCCCGUGCUGGCAGUCUCUGCAGGUUUCGUCCACACUUGCGCAGUGAAGGCAGAUGGCAUGCUGGUCUGCUUCGGUGACAAUGCGCACGGCCAGUGCGAUGUGCCUGCAGACUUAGGACCGGUCCACGCGGUUUCCACAGGAUCUUUUCACACCUGUGCAGUGAGGACAGAUGGUCAACUGAUCUGCUUUGGAGAUAACCGAUAUGGCCAGUGUGAUGUGCCACCGGGCCUGGGGACGAUUGCAUCUGUUUCCGCCGGAGCCGUGCGCACGCACGCAGUUAAGCCUGAUGGUCGGAUGGUCAGCUUUGGAUUGGAGACCUAG